AAAUAAUUAAAAAUUAAUAAAUUUAAAUUUAUUUAACGAUAAUAAAUAAAUAAUAAAUAAUAAGAAUGAAAGCACGUACAACAAUCGCACUCAUCGCCUUCGGCAUCUUGGCAGCGUUGGUCGCCACCAGCAUUGCCACCAACAGCACUUGGGGCCAACGUGGACGCUACGAUCGCCUGCUCUACCGCACACAGGUCGUCAAGAAGUCCGACUUGUGGCGUGUGAUAUCUGUGGAUGUAGAGUUCCCUGGCAAGAACGCUUAUAAUCCCUACUACAUCACCCAGGUGGUGGCUGUCGAUCACAAGCGCAAGGAUGGCGGUUAUGCGCAGCUGCGCAAAGGUGGUCCCGGCUAUCGCAAUGUAACCCUGCAUAUCAAAUCUGACCGCAACCAUGGUCUGAACUACACUGUUGAGGUUUUCGGCAAUUAAGCGAAUAUUGUGUUAAAUGAAGGACGAAAGAAAUUUGUUAAAUGCAAAGCGCACUUAUUUAUAAAUAUAAAAAUAACACUGGUUAAAAAAAA